CAAGAAAACAUGUUUAAUUGCACCUCCACAGCUGAAUUUCUUCUCUUGACAUUCUCAGAGAUUCGAGAAUUACAGAUCUUGCAUUUCUUUGUGUUUCUAGUUUUGUACUUGGUGGCAAUAUCUGGGAAUCUUUUAAUCAUUUUUGCAGUGACCCUUGAUUACCAUCUGCAUUCACCCAUGUAUUUUUUCCUAAUGAAUUUGGCCAUGUUGGAUCUUGGUUCCAUCUCUGUUACAGUUCCCAAAUCUAUGGCUAAUUCUGUCUUGAACAACAAGUCCAUUUCUUAUUCUGGAUGUGUUGCUCAAGUGUUCUUCUAUGUGUUCUUUGCAGGAUCAGAUCUUGCCCUCCUAACAAUAAUGGCAUAUGAUCGCUAUGUGGCCAUCUGCAAUCCACUUCACUAUGAAAGAAUUAUGCACAAAAGAGCCUGCAUUCAAAUGGCAAUCAGUGCAUGGGUUAGUGGCAUACUUUAUGCAACAUUACAUACUUCAGGAACAUUUAGCCUUAGCUUUUAUUCCAAUUAUAUUAAUCAGUUCUUCUGUGAAAUCCCACAAUUACUGAAACUGUCCUGUUCUGAUUUAUAUCUAAUUGAGGUUGGAUUUCUUAUAUUAGGUUGUUGCAUUGGGCUAAUAUGCUUUAUUUUCAUCAUUGAAAGUUACAGAGAAAUCCUUAUGACAGUUCUUAGAAUCCCUUCUAAGCAGGUUUCUAAAAAAGCAUUCUCCACUUGUCUUCCUCAUCUCAUAGUUGUUUCCAUUUUUAUUUUCAGUUUAAUUCUUGCCUAUGAAAGACCUCCCACUAAAACUUCCUCUAAUUUUGAUAUAGCAUUUGCUGUGAUCUAUACCAUAAUUCCACCAAUACUGAAUCCAUUCAUCUAUAGUGUGAGGAACAAAGAGAUCAAAAUUGCUUUGUGGAAACUGUUAGAUUUGGAGGAUUCAUCCCAGCUCAGUUAA